AUGUUCAGAUCUCCCUAUAGCAUCGACAUCCCCCUUAUCGAUGUCAAUACCUUCGUUUUCCAGUCGGGAAGUAAAGCUUCACGGGAGGCGCCUCAAUACUUCGACGCCGAUACACCUGCCAAAUGUUUUAGUCUGGCCGAGGGUGAAAUCUAUUCAAAAAGAUUGGCUCUUGGAUUACAACAACUCGGGCUUCAGAGCGAUGAACGCCUCCUACUAUAUUCCAACAAUCGACUUUUCUUUCCGGUCGUGAUUUGGGGAACAAUUGCUGCAGGAUGCAUUUUUACUGCAGCCUCUCCGUCGGCAUCGGUCACCGAAUUGGCUUACCAGAUGCGUGAUUCCGGGGCAACAUUGCUACUCACUGGGCCGGAUGGGAUUGAUGCUGCUCUCAAAGCCGCUUCUGAAGCUGGACUGUCGCGGAGCAGGAUUUACGUGUUUCAUGAUCCAGACGAGGAUCUGUCGUCGUACAGUCUCCAUGGCCUACCAUCAUGGACAGACAUCUGGACGUCUGAAGACGCUGUUCGACAUUGGUCGUGGAAACGUCUAGCUACCCUCGAGGAAGUCGACGGAAAGACGGCAAUUGUCAACUAUUCCAGUGGAACCACUGGGCUGCCAAAAGGGGUGCAAAUCUCUCACUAUAACCUCGUGUCCAACUCCGUACAGCUUCUGUUCAAACGUGCUUUGGUCGGAAGCACACCACAAGCACGUGCUCGGAAGGAACGACUCGACGUCUCUGGUGAGCGGUGGCUUGCGCCUCUGCCCAUGUAUCACGCCUACGGUCAAACCUAUUACGGCAUAAAUGCUGCGGUAUUGGGGGCGAAAGUGUUCAUAAUGUCAAAAUUCAACGUUAUAAGGUACUUACAGUACCUUGACGCCUACCGCAUCACAUUCAUGACAGGCGUGCCGACCGUCAUCGCAAUGUUGUGCAAGCAAGACGCUCCCGAACGAUAUAAUCUGAAAUCUCUCGAGCAAGUCGUGAGCGGCUCGGCGCCUCUUGAUCCUAAGCUGGGGAGACUUCUAGCAAGUCUGUAUCUUCGACCGGGUGUACAGGUCAAGCAAGGCUGGGGGAUGACAGAGUGCACCUGUUCCGCGACUGGUUUCUCUCCGGACGAGGAAGACGAUGGACGCUCGAUUGGUUGGCUGAAUCCUAAUUGCGCAGCGAAGAUUGUCCCUGUAGAUGAGGAACUAACCAAGCCUACCGGCUCUGGGCAGAAAGCUGGGGAAAUCUGGCUAUCUGGGCCGAACAUUAUGAAGGGAUAUUGGAACAAACCUGGGGCAACAGCAGAAACCAUUGUCCACGAGGACGGCCACCGUUGGUUGAGGACCGGUGAUAUCGGAUACUGCGAUGAUCAAGGAAAGUUCUAUAUUGUUGAUCGGCUGAAGGAACUUAUCAAGAUCAAGGGCCUCCAAGUUUCGCCAACAGAGCUCGAGUUGACACUUCUCAACCACCCUAAAGUGACAGAUGCCGCUGUUGUCGGUGCCAUGAUAAACGGGGAAGAAUACGUUCGGGCCUUUGUUGUCCGCAAAAAUGACACACUCACCGCGAAAGAGCUCUUUGAGAUGAUCCAGAAGAAUUUUGCUCCCCACAAAUGGCUAACUGGAGGAAUUUACUUCAUAGAUGCAAUUCCGAGAACAGGCAGCGGAAAGAUUAUGAGGCGAAAGCUGCCUCAAGUGCCGCCGACUCGGCCUGUGAAACUGUGA